AUGUUCGGGAAACCAGACAAAAUGGACGUCCGGUGCCACUCGGACACGGAGGCCGCCAGGGUCUCGAAGACCGCGCACAAGGAGAGCCGGGAGAUCAAGGGCGCCGAGGGGAGCCUUCCGGCCGCCUUCCUCAAGGAGCCGCAGGGCGCCUUUUCGGCGUCUGGCGCUUCGGAAGAUUGUAACAAAAGUAAAUCCAAUUCCUCCGCAGACCCGGAUUACUGUCGCCGGAUCCUAGUCCGAGAUGCCAAGGGGUCUAUCCGAGAAAUCAUCCUGCCCAAGGGCUUGGAUCUGGACCGGCCCAAGAGGACACGCACGUCCUUCACGGCGGAACAGCUCUACCGGCUGGAGAUGGAGUUCCAGCGUUGCCAAUAUGUGGUGGGCCGGGAGAGAACCGAGCUGGCUCGGCAGCUCAAUCUUUCCGAGACCCAGGUGAAGGUCUGGUUCCAGAAUCGGCGAACCAAGCAGAAGAAGGACCAGGGCAAGGACUCCGAGCUGCGCUCCGUGGUGUCAGAGACCGCCGCCACGUGCAGUGUGCUGCGGCUGUUGGAGCAGGGCCGCCUGCUGUCGCCGCCCGGCUUGCCUGCCCUGCUGCCGCCCUGUGCCACCAGCGCUCUCGGCUCGGCUUUGCGCGGGCCCAGCCUCCCAGCUCUGAGUGGCUUAGUCAAAGUUGGUUGCUUCAACAUUGCAAAUGAGUCUUUGGGCGAUUGCUCAGCAAUAGGCGACUAUGAAGACCUUCGAGCAGAGAACCAGAAAACAAAGGAGAAGUGUGACAAAAUUAGGCAAGAACGAGAUGAAGCUGUUAAAAAACUGGAAGAAUUUCAGAAAAGUAUGUAA